AUGAUGCGAACCAGAGACCCUCGGGUCCGCCAGACGAUCAACCAGAUCUCUCACAACCUGGAAUCCGCGAACGAGACGGCGCAGGAGGGGCUCUAUACAUUUUCGCACCAUUAUAUCCUACCUUGUCUUUCGUCGAUUGGAAACUGCAUCCACUCAUGCACGUCGCCCUGUCUUCCAAGUCGGGAGGACCAACUUCGACGUCGGAGACGGGGACGUGCGGAAGCCAGCUUUGACUUUUAUGAUGAUUGGGAUAAUGAUGAUGCCAACGACAGUUUGCUCGGAUGGGGCACGGACGAACUCGACCGGCUGCUGGCGGGGAGCGGCUUGACGCGCGGGGGCGCAGAACAGCCACGCAGACAGCGCAAAAUGAGUUACGGUACUCGAGGCACGAGACGGAAGAGCAGUGUCUUGGUACCCGAUAAUCGAAAUGAUCCGACUGUUAUUCCAAGCUCGUCCUUUCUGGGGUUCUUGGAGCGCUUUCCUUGGAGACUGGGGGCGCGAGGGCUAAAAUAUCGACCAUCCGCUGCAGAUCUCCAGGAACAUCCUACGGGGCUGCGCCGGCAUAUGCCCGAGGAUGAACCCCUCAUGGAGUCCGCUGAAGAAACGGAGGAGCAGAUAUCCUCCAGCAAGAACGGGCGAUACCGCAGUGCCACGCAGUCAUCGCGUGAGACCGCGAACUCCUUGAGCUCGAGAGGGGAUUUGAUCCCUAGCGACGAGGAGGAAGAUGCGGUUCCUCUAGAUGACGAAUUUGCACUGGCGUUGGCCAGUCGCCGAGGAACAGGACUAGAUUCGGACGAUCAACUUAGCGACAAAAUUGCAGGGAUGAAACGGUCCAUGUCCGGAACUUUUAGUUUCGGGACCUCGGCUUCGAGGGAGUCCAAAAAGAAAAAGAGUCGGUUACGAGAAUCCCAGAGUCCUAACACAGGGAAUACUCGCGAUUACAGCACAGCGUCCUUGGCGCAUUUGAAAACAGAAGAGGAGCAAGCAGAGCUUGAGGAAGAAUCAGAGGUAGCUCGGAAACGGGCUGCUGCACGAAAAUUGGCUGCAAGUCGUGGCCUCGAUCAAAGCAAAGACAAGCCUUCACCGUCAUCUUAUACACAAGCUGCAUCUGGUGUCUCAGAUGUUCCUUCUACAUCCCCGGACUACAACUCUAUAGGGUCAAAUGAAGCCCAUGACCUUUCAACUACCCGUGGAGGCGUCUCACGCCGCGAGUCGGACUGGCGACAGCCUACGAAUUACCACCAAACAGAACCUUUUCCCCCACUACCCUCCUCUCUAUCAGCGACUGGUGCGUUCGAAGACCUUUCUGCUUCCCCGAGAACCCCUAUCGAAGUCCUGGACAGCACCUUGGGAGCUGCUGGUCAGCCAGAUCCAUCCCACAGCCACGGGGAUCACCCUUCUCACGGGCAAAGUGGAUAUGAUUAA